UGGCCGCGCGGGCAGGGUCUCCCGCUCCGGGAUAGUUGGAUCUCGAGCUGGGGAGCGCGGCGCUGGAGAGAGGGAGCGCGCGCGGUGAGGAGCCAGUACAACCAUGUGCACCAAGAGCGGGCGCGAGGCGGCCACUUGAGAUGGAGAGGGGCGGUGCUGCUCCUGCUGCUGCUGCUGGCAAAGGCAAAGGCCACCAGGCCGUGGAGCGCUGCAACAGCUCUGCUCAUCCCAACGAACUUCUGCUUGAUGAGUACCUGAGGAGUCAGGGUCUGUGUCGAAAGAGAAUUGCUAAGGAUGGAUCUUGCCUCUUCAGAGCUGUUUCUGAACAGGUAUUCCACACCCAAUCGAAACAUCUUGAAGUGAGGAGGGCCUGUGUUUCUUAUCUGAGAAGGAACCGUGACAAGUUUGAAGCGUUCAUCGAAGGAUCAUUUGAUGAAUAUUUAAAACAUCUUGAAAAACCACAGGAAUGGGUUGGACAAGUGGAAAUCAGUGCUCUUUCACUCUUGUACAAACGAGAUUUUAUAAUUUACCAGGAACCAAAUAGACCACCUGCCCGUGUUACUGAAAAUGGAUUCCCUGACACAAUCCUUUUAUGCUUUUCAAAUGGAAAUCAUUAUGAUAGUGUCUAUCCUAAGACAUUUGUGGAUGCUGCAGCCAUUUGCCAGUCCAUUUUGUAUGAAGUGCUUUACCAGAACGUAUUCAAGGUUGACAUUCGUGCAAUAAUGCCUGCAGUGCUGGAUGCAAACAGUGAAAUCAAUGAGGAACACUUCAAUGACAGUGAAAAUUCGGAUUCUGAUGUAGAAAUAGAAAUGAUUGGGGGCAAAGCUGCCAAUGAGCGUGAUGUGACUGGAUUCAAGUCCCAGUCAUGUAAUAAAGUCCUAAAGAAACAGCAAAUGAAAAGUGAAAGUUCUACCCAUGUGACCCUUCCAAGAAAGGUCCUCCAAGCAUUCAACCCAAACAUUUAUAGAAAUAUUGAGUAUGAAGUUUGGCAGAAAAUGGAGCAAGCACAACAGAAGAAAGAUUAUUCUAUUGCUGCUGGGAUGCAGUAUGCUGUUGGGGACAAAUGUAAGGUAUUCCUGGAUGAUGGUAGAUAUUACAAUGCUCAUAUUCAGGCAGUCGAUCCUGAUAACGGACCGGUUGUUGUUUAUGUGGAAGAACUAGGAGAAAAAUACAGUGCCUCUCUCCAGAACCUUAGGCCACUUACACAGGUUUCUCGGGGCUCAAGCUGGAACAGAGUUCAGGGGAAAAGAGCUAAGAAGCCAAUGAAUACCAACUCUGAAGCUGACUUCAAGGGAGUGAAGAAUUCAAGUAGUUUUGUAAAUAAACCAAAUCGAUUACAGUCAAGCCUCCCGCCACGUCUGCAGCAAACAAUGGGUGCCAGGCAGCAGUGCUCCACACAGCAGUCCCCAGGUCAACAACCCAAAAAAUCAUCAGCUGAGUAUGUCGGACGAGACGAAGACUUUCCCAAACUCUCAAAAAAGCAUGAUCGAGACUUGGAAUCAAACUACACAAAUUCAGAAUGUCAACACCUUGCUCCUUCAGUGAAGGUGGAACCAGAAGCUAAUGAGGCUCAAACCCCUGACAAAAUGCAUCAGAGAGCUGAGCAAUCCUUUCCUGCACUGCAUGAUCCAUUGGAGAUUCCCGCUUGCCCUACAGCACAAAGAAUGGAUCCUGUCCUUCAGUCAGAUAUGAGCUCGUCACAUCUUCCUUCAUCAACACCAUCAUUAACUUCACCAGUGCUUUCAGUACAUCCAUCUGAGUCAGUCACUUGCCAAUCAGCAGUGAUGUCCAGUCCAACUGUAUCACAGCCUCAAGUGACCUCAGCAUUUAUAACCCCACUUUGUGCACCAAUGCGUGGGGCUAAUCUCCCACCAAUGCCUGCAACUCACAUCACAAGCUCUUACGAUGAUCUGUUAUACCCUGGGUUUGCUGUGAAUGAAGAGGGAGAGUACCUCACCAGUGCACCUGUGUUUUCAUACAACAAAAAUGGAGCCGAUCUUCCGAAUGAUAAAAGCAUUUUACGUUUUUUCUACAAUCUUGGUGUUAAGGCUUACAGUUUACCAUUGUGGCCACCGUAUUCAUAUCUAUAUCCACUGAACCAAGCUUAUUUGAAAAGUUGUGGGAUCUAUCCAAGGAGCCCUGCACCAAUAUUUCACCCAAAUCCUUGGUUCCAUGCGACUGCUGGAGUAAUGCAGAAUGAGAAUGUUAUGAGUCCACCUCAUCUAUCCAGCCCUGCAGAGGCCAAUGCUCCUGAUCAUUCAGUACAGAGAGAUAUCAGUGAUAUUCACAGCCAUUCACCAUUGCCACAAGCUGCUCCAUUACUUUUGCCGCACAAAAGCAAACCAGUGCUAGACACACCAAUCCCCGAGCGGUCACCUCAAAACCUUAAUCCCUCGUUUCCACGGUACUUUCCUAAUUUGAUAGCAGAUGGAACCCAACAUUCUGGCUGGAGGCCACCUGUACCACAGGCAUUAUUUAACCAGCAAGCACAAAUGCACGCUUUCAGUUUUCACCCAAUGUAUAUGGCUCUGCCAAGUCAUGUAUUUCCAUUGCAGGUAAAUAAUGGUCAGAAGGUUGGCGCACCAGAUCUGGGUGAACCAAUGUCAGACAACACACAGAGACAUGAAAUGGAAGAGAUGGGGAGACAGACAAAAUUAUUGACCACUGCUGAAGACGACAGGCUGACUAGGAGUCAGCCUGUCAUUUUUGAAGGUUCUCGAUUAUUGGUAAAAGCUGGUGGUGGGAAUGGUGAUACAUAUCCCUUGGUUGAGGAACAAUCAGUCUCUAGCCCUGGUGAAGGACGUGCAAAGCAACACUCAGCCCUUAAAAGGGAUAAAGAAUCAGUAUUGGUAGAAAAGCUAAAUCCAGCACCUGACAGUGGGUUUUCUGGUGUGGAUACACAAUCUUUUGAGGCUCACAAAGUUGCAGGAGCUGAUGCAAAUGAAUUAGAAGUUGCUAGUCAACAUCCUGAGGCGAAAUCCAGAAGUGAUUUAACUUUGCAGUGCACUGUCGCACAUGAUGCAGAAGUCACCCUCUUGGAUCACACCUCCGAGAAUAAUUACAAAAUGCCUGCCAUGUUAAAUAAUAACAAACCGGUGCAGUCUUACAGUCAGACUCUGGGAAAGGAAAGACAUUAUGUAAAGGAAGAUAGUUCCUCAGAAAGGACCGUGUACAGACGUUCUCCUUAUGUUCGCAAGAAGGGCGAGAAAGAAAUGAGCAGGAAAAAAUGGCAAGGGAAAACGUGGGCAUCAAAAACUACAUGUUGCCUACCCGAUAGCCAUGUUAACAAUAGGGAUACAGCAGAUAGCAUUAAAAAUGAGAGCAAGUCACCAACUAAAGCUGGCAGUGUUCAGGGUGUAAACAGUGUUGCACAGAAUUCUGAAAUACACAUAGAUCUUGGUACUGACAGGCAUGAAAGCAAAAAUGAAAAUAAACAAGAAAAAGUGAAAAACCAAAAGUUUUCUAUGCGCCAAAAUAGACUGGAUGAAGAAACUGGUCUUGGCAUCAGGAGAAAUCAUGAUGUAAAGGAAUUUCAGAAUCGGAUGGAUGUGGAAAGUGUCAGUGGAAUGUCAUUUGAAGGAAAGCAUAGUAGUUUUAAAAAACAGAGACAUAGAGCAGGUGGGAAGUCUAAUCCUGCUGUUAGAAAAUACUAACUGAGUAAACUUUUGGAAAGCAUUGACAGAGAAACAGAACCAUUACAUUUAAACUGAUCUUACAGCUAUUUUUGAAAGAAUUUAAACACUUUUGUUUUACAGAUUUGUUAGAACCUCUUCUGUUUGAAAUAGCAUCCUCGCUUGUAACCUUGCAAAUAACAAGUCGUCUUAAUGUAUAUGCUCAAAUGCAUUUUUGAAAGCUCCCAUGGAAUACUUCUACCAUAUGUCAGAUGAUGUGGUUCUAGAUCGUAUUAACCCUUUACACGGGAGGGUGGGGGACCUUGCUGGUGCUUUGUCAGUUAUUUUAAACGUUACUAAAAAAGAAUGUUGGAAAAUCUCAGCAAGUCUGGCAGCAUCUGUAAGGAGAGUAAAGAGCUGACGUUUCGAGUCUGACCCCUUGUCAUUUUAAACGUUACCACUGGUGACUGAACCACUCUCCAGCGGGAUCAGUUUGACACUUUUUUUCCUCCUCUAUCAACCCCUUCCUCUCAUAAUUUUGGAAAACUGUGUUAGGUCUCCCCAUAUUGGAAGCAGAUUAAUAGUGGGCUCCCUCAAGAAUUGAUUAUUGAUGCCUCAGUUAUUCGCUAUUUAUUAAUUACUUAGAUUCCUUGAGAGGGUCAUAGAUACAAAUUUACCAUCGACAGAGAUUGUAGACACAUUAAUUACAUAAGUGAAUUAAAUGUGGCCAGUGGAUUACAUCCCAUUUCAGUGUAAGAUCAUCUAUUGUAGUCCAUAAAGUAGAUCAGAAUAAUAUUUAAAUGGUAUAAAGUUAGGUCCAAGGUUAUUGAGGGAGUCUGUGUACAUGGAUCACUAUGUAAGGGAUAAAACAAAUCAAAGUGACUAAUGGAAUGUUAUAGUACGAGAAUAUGAAGGGGAUAAAUUUUCCUAUAGCUGCACAAACACCUACUUACACAUUUGGAGAGUGUGGAUAGGAGUUUGGAGCAGUGGUAGGCAAUACGGUACCAAAUCUGCGCUCUCAUUUGAUCCACAAGGCCUUAACUAAUCAGAUUGUGGCCUCAACUCUACUUUCCAAUUCAAGCCCUUUGAUCCCUUUAUUAGUCAAUAAUCUAUCUGGCUCAGUUAAAGUUAUUCAAUGCUAUGUCUCUUUGGGGAGAACUCCACACACUUUACCUUCUGAGAAACAAUCUCCAUCUUAUGUGCAAGGGGUCUUGGUUUUGAACGGUGCUCCCUAAUUUUAGUCUCUCCCAUAUGGAGUAACAUCCUUUCAGAAUCUACCUUGUCAAAUCCCCUCAUGAACUUGCAUUUCAAUAAGAUCACACAUAUUCUUUUGAACUUUAAUUUCUUUUGAGGCCUAAUUUCUUUGUAUUGCUGAAAAUCAGAGAGUGAACCUUCUCUGCACUACUUGUAAUGCGUGAUUUCUUAAAUAGGGAUAGCAAAACCAAGCUCGAGAUGUGGUCUUAAUGGCCAAUAUGAUUGUAGCAAACUUCCCCAUUUAAACAUUCCUUCCCCCUUGCAAUAAACUACAAAAUUCCAUUUGUCUUCCUAGUCAUUUGCUAUACUUCCUUACUAACUUUGUAAAUCAUAUACCAGGGCACUCAAAUCCCUCUAUACUGUAUUGCUGCUAUCUCUCUCCAUUUAAACGGUGUACUGUUUUCCUUCUUGCCAAAAUGGGCAAGUUCACAUUUUCCCACAUUAUAUUCCAUCUGCUAAAUUUUCUGCACACUCAUUUAUCCUUUCAGUAUCCCUCUACAAAGUCCCUGCAUCUUUCUCGUUAGUCAUCAGCAAAUUUAGCAACCAUACAUUGGAUCACUUCAUCCAAGUCAAUGAAAUAGAUUUUAAGUAGUUUUGAUAAUGACCAAAACUCAUCCCUGUGGUAUUCCACUGAUUGUAUUUAGCUAACCUAAAAAUGACCUAUUUAUUUCUGCUUUCUUUUUCCUAUUGGCUAAUCAAUCCUCUAUAUCCAUCUUAAUAAGCUCUUUUUUGUAAAGUAUGUUUUGGAAAGUCAGGUAUGUCCCAUCUGCUGGUUUCCUUAAUGCACAUACUGUUAGGUCUUUAAGGAACUGUAAUAAAUAUGUCAAACACUAUUUCCCUUGCAUAAAACCAUGUUAACUCUGCCUGAUUGUGAGUUAAGAUUUUCUAAGUAGUUUAUCAGAAUGAUCUUAAUCGAUCGUAGUAUUUUCCCUGAGAUAGAUGUUAAGCUAAGUGGCCUGUAGAUCUGUUUUUCUUUAUUAUCCCUCCUUUCUCAAAUAGGAAUUCCGUUCUUUUUUUUUUCCCUGAGCUGAUGGAACCUUAUCAGAACUAAGGGAAUUUGGAAAACUAAAACCACGCAUCUACUCCUUGCCCUGUUGAGUGUAAUUGUUUUAAGUUUCUCCUUGCCUUUUUUCCCUGGCAUGUUAUUUUUGUCUUUUACACUGAAGACAGAUGCAAAUAGUUGUCGUUUCCUUACUUCCCAUGAUUUACAGUCUGGACAACAACUCACUUAGUUACUCUUUUCCAUUUUUUAGAACAAUACCUGUAGCAACUCUCCGUAUCGGUUUGUACAUUUCUGUCUAGCUUUGUUCUUAUGUGUCUCCAUUAUUUAU